AUGCCUAAUGGCGAUCAGCUGCAGAACGCAUCCCUACCACCCUUACGUUUGGCCCCUUUUAAGAGGGUCGAGUCACUGCUCUGGCCGUGGACAGGGAGGAGUCAUUUCCUGGCGCCCUUUGAGGUGGACCCUGGCCUUUUUUCCUGGAAACUGGGAACUGCAGGAUCCAGAGUGCCCUGCAUUGAAGGCUGCGUCGCUGAGCCAGUGAAGGCGCAGAAAAAGGGAUUUCCGUUUGGGCACAACUCCUCCGGAGCGCUGUGUCAGGACCGGAGUGACUGGAACGGGAGGUCCGGGAGGAGGCGCUGUCCCCAAGGCACAGAGGCGGAUCUGAAGUUCGGCGACGCCGUCUGGGGUGCCUGGCGCCAGGCCCGUGAGACGGACCGCCAUGCCCGCCUCCCCCAGACUCUUCCGCCGCUCCCGGCCCCGCUCCGCCCACAGUCCGAUGGCGGCGGCGUUGAGGUACCCGCCUUAGGUUGUUGCCAUGAAGUGGAGAAUGAGAAGGCUUCUUUUGAGCAGUGUGCUUCUGUUCAAAGAGUGUCACAGAUCAGGAGUCCCAAGGCAGAUCUGUCCUUCAGAAAGGCCCACCCUUGUGAAAUAUGUGUCCAGAUAUUGACAGAAUUUUUGUACUUGAAUAAAUAUCAAGGAACACAUUCAAAGCAGAAAUUACAUAGGUGUGAGACAUGUGGGAAACAAUUGUAUGUAAGCAUAAACCUUCAUCAGCAUCAGAGGCAGUGCAUCGGGGAGAAACCCUUCAGAAGAGAUGUGGACAGAGCUUCAUUUGUGAAGAACUGCAAGUACCAUGUGUCAAGGAAGCCAUUAGUCUUCAGGGUGGUUGGGAAGGACUUCUUGGCCAGUUCUCAGUUUCUCCAGCAAUGGGCUACUCACACCUGGGAGAGGUCAAACAGCAGAGCCGAGUGUGGGAUGGCCUUUCAGAGGGGAAAAACUUAUCAUAACUGGGAAGAAUGCACAAAAGCUUUCAGUCCCAAACACACACUUGUUCAGCACCAGAGACUCCUCACUAGAGAAAGAUGUUUUAUGUGUAAUCAGUGUGAGAGAAGCUGUAACGUCAGUCAGCAUCAGAAAGUUUACAAUGGAGAAAGAACUUUUGAACCUGGGGAACAUGGGAUAUUAUUUAACAGAAAGUCCAACCUCAUUGAACACCAGAGAAGUAACACUAGAGAUAGGCCUUAUGAAUGUACAGAAUAUGGGAAAUCAUUUACUAAGUGCUCCAACCUCAUUGAACACCAGAGAAAUAACACUAGAGAUAGGCCUUAUGAAUGUACAGAAUGUGGGAAAUCAUUUACUCAGUGCUCCAACCUCUUUACACACAAGAGAGUUCACAUGAAACAAAAGCCAUAUGAAUGUGAUGAAUAUGCAAAAUCGUUUAGCCAAAGCUCUACCCUCCUUCAACGUCGGAGAAUUCACACUAGGGAAAGGCCUUAUGAGUGCAAUGAAUGUGGUAGAACUUUUACACAAAACUCUAUGCUCCUUCAGCAUCAGAGACUUCACACUGGAUCAAGGCCUUAUGAAUGCACUGAAUGUGGAAAAUCCUUUGCUGUAAACUCCAGACUCAUUAAACAUAGGAGAGUUCAUACUGGAGAAAGGCCUUAUAAAUGCAGUGAAUGUGGAAAAACAUUUUGCCAAAGCUCUUCAUUCCUCUGACAUCAGAGAGUUCACACUGGAGAAAGGCCUUAUAAGUGUGGGGAGUGUGGAAAAUCAUUUAGGCAAAAGUCCAACCUUAUUCAACAUUGGAGAGUCCAUACUAGAGAAAGACCUUAUAAGUGUGGGAAAUACGGGAAAUUACUUAGCAACAAGUCCCAUCUCAUUGAACACCAGAGAGUUCACACUGGUGAAAGGCCAUAUGAGUGUGGGGAAUGUAGGAAAUUCUUUAGCAAGAAAUCCUACCUCAUUAUACAUCAGAGAGUUCACACCAGGGAAAGGCCAUAUAAAUGCAACGAAUGCGGGAAAUCAUUUAGCCAAAACUCUGCACUCCUUCAACAUCAGAGAAUUCAUACUGGUUCAAGGCCUUAUGAGUGCACUGAAUGUGGAAAAUCCUUUGCUGAUAAUUCAGCCUUCAUUAAACACAGGAGAAUUCACACUGGAGAAAGGCCUUAUGAGUGCAGUGAGUGUGGGAAAGCAUUUGCCCAAAGUUCUUCAGUCCUUCGACAUCAGAGAACUCACACUGGAUCAAAGCCAUAUAAGUGCUGUGAAUGUGGGAAAUCCUUUGCUAAAAACUCUAGGUUCAUUAAACACAGGAGUGUCCACACUGCAGAAAGUCUGUAUGUUGUAGGAAAUGUUGGAAAUCCUUUACCUAAAACUACAGUCUCAUAA